AUGUCGUCUACGACUAUGACCUCAAGCUCGGCCAGGGCCACCGCAACAAUUAAUAGUUCAAUAGAUCCAUUUGCAGAUGCCGGAAAGGCUCAAAACUCAGCGGGAAUGUCUCUGGAGACAUUCCUAUCAUCACUCGGAGUUGCAGCAGCUGUGUUCGGUGUUGAAGUAAUACUGUUCGUUCUUCUGAGAACGAAAUUACAACGUGUUUAUGAACCCAGAACGUACUUGGUGCCGGAAAAACGCCGUACAAAACCGCCCAAGCCUGGGUUUCUAGCUUGGUUUAAGCCCAUAUUUGCUACUGCCAACAGCGAUUUCAUACAAAAAUCCGGUCUAGAUGCCUACUUCUUUCUUCGAUACCUUCUUAUGCUGUUGAAAAUAUUCUGCCUACUCGCCCUGGUUAUCAUUCCGGUCCUUCUACCAUUGAAUUCCAUCGGUGGGAUAGGCGGCGACUCGGUGCAAGGUCUUGAUAGACUGGCAUGGACCAAUGUAGCACCGGAGGACACGAGCCGGUAUUGGGCGCACUUACUGCUUGCCCUGGUCGUCAUCGUUCUUUUCUGUUACAUGUUUUACCGGGAAUUGAGGGCAUAUAUUCGACUACGACAAGCAUAUUUGACCUCGCCACAGCAUAGAUUGAGAGCCAGUGCCACAACAGUACUGGUGGCUUCGAUCCCAAGGAAAUGGUUGGGUGUUAAGGAAUUGCUGGGAUUAUAUGAUGUAUUCCCGGGUGGAAUUAGGAAUAUUUGGAUAAACAGAGAUUUCGAAGAGCUCGCAGAAAAGGUCCAGGAACGUGACAAGCUUGCAAGAUUACUCGAGAAGGCUGAAACAGCACUUAUCAAGAAGGCAAAGAAGAAGCAUAUUAAAAAGCUCCAAGCUGAAGCUAAAAAGAACCCUCAAGCUAAACCGGCAGUUGUAGAGGCCCAGCACGCAGGCGAGGAAAUUGCAGGCCCUGGGAUGUCUUCCGGAAAUCCUCAUCAAAUUCCGGAGGAUAUCCAUGAGGCAGUUGAACAAAAUACUCACAGAAGAAGUAAGUCAAGGUUUGCAAAUAUAAAUCCGAUUCCAGUCGUUGGUGAUGGCCUUCAAAAACUCCAAAGGGGCAUCUUUGAUGGCGUAACUUCUGGGUUCGAUAAAAUCCGAGGCGGCGUAGAAGAUGUGUUGCCGAAGCCUGCGUAUGGUUAUCAGCCAGAGGAUGCAGAGGAUCAUUAUAGAGCACCCGCUGGGCAGCGACGACCUUCACUUAACGAGCGGGGAUCUUCUCGCAGCGCAAAGAGAGGCUCAACAUUAUUAGGACGCGAAGAAGUAGAUGAUAAUGAAGGCCCGUCAAGGAGACGAAACACGCUCAAAGGAGAAGAGGGCACAUCAACUACUCGGACCCCGCUCCCAUUGAGCACUCAGGAGGAAGUAGACGAACCGUCUAAAUUGGCUUUCUGGAAACGAUCACACGCUACCCAUGGUGAAGAAGACGAAACACCGCUCAGUUCUGCUAGUCCGACGACUCCCCGAGCCAGCACUGUCGACGAAAAGGUUGAUGUCUUUGAAAAAAGCGGAAAGGAAGGAAAGAAGGGGAAAAAGGAAAAGAAGAAGACGGAAUAUUCCAAAGCUUAUAAUGAGGAGGAAGCAGACGACAAACUUGGCGAACCAGUAUGGAAGAACUACUUGACUGAGAAGGAUAGAGAAACGAUGAGGCUUCCGAUCUUCGGCCUCACAUGGAUGCCAUCUUUGCCGCUGAUCGGGAAGAAGGUUGAUACAAUCUAUUACUGCCGCAAAGAAGUUGCACGUCUCAACGUUGAAAUCGAGAAGGACCAGAGCGAGCCAGAAAAAUACCCUCUCAUGAACUCCGCAUUUAUCCAGUUCAAUCAUCAAGUUGCUGCACACAUGGCUUGUCAGUCGCUAUCCCACCACGUCCCUCAGCAAAUGUGCCCCCGCCACAUAGAAGUAUCACCUAACGAUGUAAUCUGGGAUAACAUGAAGAUAAACUGGUGGCAAAGGUAUAUGAGAAUAUUCGGUAUAACAGUUGCUGUUAGUGGAUUGAUUAUUGGAUGGGCUUUCCCGGUUGCCGUUGUUGGUUUGCUUUCUCAAGUAGAUUAUCUAACAGAGGUUGUUACAUGGCUUGCUUGGAUAAACGAUCUUCCGAAUCCAGUGGUAGGAUUGAUUCAGGGUAUUCUGCCACCAUUGGGUUUGGCAAUACUGAUGGCGCUCCUGCCCGUCAUUCUCAGAUUGUUUGCAAAGCUUCAGGGUCUUCAUACCGGCAUGGCUAUUGAAAGGGCUGUUCAAGGGAUGUACUUUGCCUUCUUGUUCAUCCAGAUCUUCCUCGUUGUCAGUAUUUCCUCGGGUAUUACUGUCGUUUUGGAGGACCUUCUCAACAAUCCAAUUUCUGCUCCUUCCAUUCUUGCGCAGAACCUACCAAAGGCAUCAAACUUCUUUUUCUCCUAUAUGCUCCUACAGGCAUUCACCGUCAGCGGAGGAGCAAUUCUCCAAAUCGCUACACUGGUUAUUCAGUUUAUAUUGAGCCCUAUUCUAGAUACUACCGCUAGGGAGAAGUUCACCCGUGCUACGACUCUCGUGGAGAUCAAGUAUGGAACUUUCUUCCCUGUCUACACGAAUUUGGCAUGUAUCGGAAUUGUUUACUCAGUUAUCUCUCCGUUGAUCUUGAUCUUCAACAUCUGCACAUUCUCGCUCUUUUGGAUGGUGUACCGGUAUAACAUGCUCUACGUCAACAACUUCCGGUUCGAUACUGGUGGUUUGUUAUUCCCCCGAGCCAUUAACCAGCUCUUUACUGGCAUCUAUGUCAUGGAGGUCUGCCUGAUUGGUCUUUUCUUCCUAGUUCGGGACGCGCAAGGCGAAAUUGCUUGUUUCCCACAAGCAAUCAUUAUGAUCAUCGCGCUUGGAUUUACUCUGUUAUACCAAUACACACUAAACUCGGCCUUUGGACCACUACUAACGUACUUGCCCAUCACAUUGGAAGACGACGCGGUCAUCGAAGAUGAGAAGUUUGCAAGGGAGCAUGAUGAAAUGAGGAGGCUCAAUCGCAUCGUUCCUGAAGAGCAGGAUGGUGAUGACUUGAACGAGGUUCUUGAAGCCCGUGAGAAACGGGAGCAAGCAAGAGACCGUCAUGAGGAGGAGAUUGAAAUGAGGGAGAUUGAACAGAUGAAGCAAGGGCAUAGAAGGGGGAGAAGUACCGCCGAGAAAGCAUCAACAGCGGCUGGAAAGCAGGAGGUAGAAAGGCAUGAAAAUCAAGAUAAGUACGAUAAGGAUGUCGAGGCACAGAAGCGCCAUAGUACAGCCCAACCUGUAUCGCAACGUCCGGAGCUUGCUUUGUUUUCUGAUAUUGCAGACGAGAUUGAGGACUUAUCACCUGAGGAACGCGAUGUUUUGGUCGCAAGGGCGUUUCAGCAUGAGGCUCUCAGAGCUAAGAGGCCCGUCAUCUGGAUUCCUAGAGACGAUCUGGGCAUCAGUGACGACGAGAUCAGGAGGACGCAGAGAUUUUCUGGGAAUAUCUGGAUCAGUAAUGAAUAUACGGGGUUGGAUGCGAAAGGGAGAGUUGUUUAUCGAAGACCGCCUCCAGAUUUCGAUCAGAUGGAUUUAGUCGAACUUUGA